AUGCCGGCUAAAGAGACGAAUCCUCCUUGUAUGGAGUGCAAUGAGACAGACGCCAUUUUAACUACAAGGAAUAGGUCAUUCUGUGGUCCUUGUUACCAGCGCUUUUUGGCAUACAAAGUUUGGCGGCGCAUGGACCAUUAUAGACCCAGACCACAAAAGAAUGUGAAGCCCACGAAACCCGCGCAGCCCCAAUUACUGCUCCCGCUUUCUCUCGGUGUUUCUUCCUCCGCUCUUCUACAUAUACUGGACACAGGCUUGAAGCGCCAACUUGCGAAAUCCGGCAGAACAUCAUACGCCCUUCAUAUACUCGUCGUUGAGCCAUCUACCGAGUUGCCUACAAGCGUGUCAUACGAUACGCACGUCGAUGCCGUCCGAGAGGCUUUCCCCACCUACUCUGUGACUCGGAUACCUCUCCACAGCAUCUUUGAAUAUGUCCCCGAUAUGACGGAUAUUAUGGCCGAAUAUGCGGGGCCCCAGUUCACUGAUAAUGCUUCUCAGUCAAAUGAGGAGCGGCUGGCUGCUUUCCGGAGCACUGUCUCGACUGCCACAUCCAAGUCAGACCUGGACACUGUUUUGUUUACCAGACUUGUCGUCGGCUAUGCGAAACACGCGAUGUGUGAGUCUAUCCUGUGGGGGAAUACAGACACUAGCCUCGCGGCGAAGACACUUGCGGGUGCUGCCAAAGGCCGAGGUGCCUCUCUUACCUGGCAAGUAUCGGAUGGAAUGUCACCAUGGGGUAUAAAGUUUGAUUUCCCAUGCCGAGAUAUUUCCAAGCCCGAACUAUCUCAGUACGGAAGUGUCUGCCCGGAGAUUUCCGCGGUAGUCAUUCCUGAUGCACCACUAUCGGACAAUAUCCUCACCAAGAACUUAUCUAUUGAUGAGUUGAUGCUGCGUUAUGUGACUACGCAAGGCGAAAAAUAUCCUGGUGUCAUGGCCAACGUAUCAAGAACUGCACACAAACUCGAGACUACGUCGGGAAAUGAUAGUGCUCUAUGCUCGCUGUGCGGAGGCAUGAUCGAGAAUGUCAAGGGCAAUGAAACUGGUUUGACAGUCGCCAGCCAGUUCGCAGGAAAGGGAUCUCAAUUUUGCUACGGAUGUAUGAGGUCUCGUCCUGAAAUUAUUUCAUAA